GGACAAUUAUUGUGGACAACAUGCAAAUCAAAGGAACAGCAGGAGGUACAAAUCCUACUAUUGAAAUUUCUCUGAAAGAUAAUGUUGAUUACUGGGUGAUUCUGGAUCCAAAAACACAGACGUUGUAUCUCAAUAGUACAGGACGUGUUCUGGACAGAGAUGUAAGUUUUUGUAUUUUUUAUUUUUGUCUUGCCUUUAGUGACUUUUUUACAAUAAUGCAACACAAGAAAUUUACUGAUAACUUUGCUCCCCAAGAAAUAUGUGAAAAUACGUAUCUGUAGAGUAUAUUUAUUUAUGCUUUUACAAAUAUAGGUGCAAUGGUGUUUUUUUUUUUUUUUUUAGGAACAUCCAUAAAAUUUUGCAGUAUUACAAAUAUUUGCGUUGGCCUGAAAAUAAUCCUUUGACAUCUUUUAAAUAAAGGGGAGGGAUGUCUAGCUAAUUAAAAUGUCUCUUUAGCGAAGUUCAUUUAUAUUAUAUCUUGGUUUCUCAACUUGCUAUAUCCAUUUUACAAAGUAUAUAGCAUUGGAUAUAUGAAACCCCAUUUAGUAAGCACUGGCCGUAUGUGCAUCAUGUUUACUCUUAAAAUAGGGUGCCAUAUUUCUCUUGAUGCUAAUGACUGCCAUGAAUGGUUUAAUAAGGAGUUCUUAAAGCUAUAUCUGUCAAAACUGUACAAUCAAUGAUAACUCGAUUUACUGACCAUAACUCUUCUUCAGAACACAGUCACAUACAACAUGUUUAAGAGAUUAAGAUUUUGAGACAGAUGUUGAUGUUUUUGUCCAAUAUUUGGGUGAUUUUGGGUCAAUAUCUUGAAAUGUAAAAAUGUAAUGGAAUGCCUUUGUGUGAAGUUUUUUACCCAUGCUUCUUACUUUGUAACAUUUUAAGUGGUCAAGCUGGGGCACUUACAUUUUGGGGUUGAAGUUUGAAAUCUAACUAGGACAUGAUUUUUCCAAAACAUAAAAUAAUUCCCAGGACAGUAAUCUAAGACACAAAAAGGCAUUUGUGAGAAAUUUUGGAGCUUUUAAGAAGCAUAUAUAAAUGCAUACAAUAUAUUUUUUUUCUUAAUGCCCAGAUAAAACCUCUUAUAGCAAAAAGCACAUUGCAAGCAAUCACAUUAGUAAUGGUCAAUUCCUUUCAAGUGCCACAUCUGGGCUAGAAUAGUAUUAAGAAUUGCAGAUUUGUUGCUUGGUUAAUGUUUAGAUUAAAUCUGAACUUCAAACAUCAGUUGAAUUGGCAUUUGUUGGUAUUCAGUAAAUGUCACUGAAUAAAGGCACGGUUUGUAGACUCAUUCAGGUACAAGUUAGCAAAUGGCAAAUUAUCUAAAGCAAGUUUGUUGUUCAAAUUUCAAUUCUUUUUACGGUUGUAUUUUUUCUCUCUCACUCCUGUUCUAUUUAUAGACUUAAAUUGUUCAUACAUUUCUCAAUGGGCAAUACGCAUCAAUAUUUAUCAAUAUGCUUAUUGAUAUGCUAAACUGACUUUUCCUACAUUAUGCUUUGACCUCCCUUUCUUAUCUGCUUUUAUCUUCUCAUUUCUUAUAAAUUGAGCGCAUAUCAAACGAACAUAGGCCUCACUUUAAUAUUCUUAAUAUUCUUUAAUAUUUGUAACUUUUUAAAUGAUUUAAUACUGUGAAAAAAUAUAAAAAAUUUAAAUCUAUUUUAAAUAUAAUAUAUUUUUUGAUAAUUUAAAAUUUUUAAAAGUUAGUUAAUCAAAAUAUAUUAAAUCAUGUGAAAAACAUAUAAAAAAAUAUUAAAUCAAGGGUAAAAUAUCCUAAGCAACAAAUGCAAGCUUUCAGACUCUGUAGCAAUUAUCUUCUCUUCUAUCCUCUACACUUACAAACCCAUCUCAACGCUUGUACUCUAUCUGAGCCAUUGUAUCCAGGGCCGUCUUUAGUGCGGGGCAAACGGGGCAGCUGCCUUGGGCCCAGUUGCUCCUGGGGAGUCCCAGAGCAGCUUCCCCAUGGGCCCUGUGAUUUGCACAGCCCCCUGCACACUAAGGAGGCCCCCCAGGUGGACCAUGCACUAAGGGCCACCCGGUGAGCAUGUGUCAGCCGGAGCCCAGUUGGGCGAUGUGAUGCUUAAAUAGUGUGUCCGGGCCCCUUCCUUUUGGGCAGCCGGCUGGGAGGAAGUGAGUGCCGCGCGUGUGUGUCAGUAUGUCUGUGUGUGUGUAUCAGUAUGCCAGUGUGUGUCAGUAUGUGUGUGUUUGUAUGUCAGUAUGCCUGUGUGUAUGUGUCAGUAUGUCUGUGUCUCAGUAUGUCUGUCAGUAUGUCUCUCUUUGUGUAUGUCAGUAUGACAAUGUGUGUGUUUGUCAGUAUGUCUCUCUUUGUGUAUGUUAGUAUCUCUGUGUUUGUGUAUGUCAGUAUGUCUGUGGGUGUGUGUGUGUGUACGUCAGUAUGUCUGUAUGUAUGUCAGUAUGUCUGUGUGUGUACGUCAGUAUGUAUGUGUGUACGUCAGUAUGUCUGUGUGUAUGUCAAUAUGUCUGUGUAUGUCAGUAUUUCUGUCAGUAUAUCUAAGUGUGUGUUUUUAUGUCAGUAUGUCUGUGUGUGUACAUCAGUAUGUAUGUGUGUACGUCAGUAUGUAUGUGUGUACGUCAGUAUGUAUGUGUGUAUGUCAGUAUGCCUGUGUAUGUCAGUAUUUCUGUCAUUAUGUCUGUGUGUGUCAGUAUGUCUAUGUGUGUGUUUUUAUGUCAGUAUGUCUGUGUGUGUGUGUGUGUCAGUAUGUCUGUGUGUGUAUGUCAGUAGUAUGUCUGUGUUUGUGUGUCAGUAUGUCUGUGUGUGUGUCAGUAUGUCUAUCUGUGUGUAUCAGUAUGCCUGUCUGUGUGUAUGUCAGUAUGCCUGUCUGUGUGUAUGUCUGUGUGUGUAUGUCAAUUUGUCUCUGUGGGUGUGUGUGUCAGUGUGUGUGUGUGUAUGUGUGUCAUUAUGUCUGUGUCAGUAUGUUUGUGUGUGUGUAUGUCAGUAUGUCUGUGUGUGUGUAUGUGUGUGUCAAUAGUAUGCCUGUGUUUGUGUGUCAGUAUGUCUGUGUGUAUGUCAGUAUGUAUGUGAAUGUGCAUGUGUCAAUAUGUCUGUCUGUGUGUGUCAGUAUGCCUGUGUGUGUGUCAAUACAUCUGUCAGUGUAUGUGUCUAUGUAUGUAUGUAUGUCUGUGUGUGUCUGUCAGUGUGUCUGUGUGUUUGUCAAUACAUCCGUCAGUUUAUGUCUGUGUGUGUUUCAGUCUGUUCAGUUGACUGUCACACACUGGGAUUUUGUACUUUUUUGUUUAGACAUUGUAUUACUUUACAUGAUUCUACCUUUAAUUUUACCGGUUGCUAUCUGUCCCUAAUUAUCCUCUAGAUCAGUGGUUACCAAGCCAGUCCUUAUGACCCACCAACCGUCCAGGAUUUGUUAGUAUCUCUAUUGAAAUAAAGAGGUAAAUCCGUAAAGCCCGGAUUGUUGCUGGGCCAUUAAUACUGGUUUGGAAACCACUACCCUAGAUGAAUGGACAUUGAUAAACGUGUUCCAUAUACUUCUCAAAGGUACUGCAUUCAUUUUUUUUGGAUUUGUCCAUGAAAAAUAAGUGCACUUAAUCUGUGGUUUGGUGAGUUCCCAAACUUUCUCUGUAUAUUUAUAUAGAAGGUUCAGACAUUCAAAGAAUCUUAUAAAGUGCAGACUUUUAUAGGAACAGCAAGCCAGGGUGACAAUAUUUUAGAAGCCAACUGUGACCUUUGUUCUAUGAGUGGCUGGACCUUCUAUCUAAAUACACAUUGAUAAACUUGUUAACUCAUCAGUACUGAACAUAGUCACAUGGAUCAUGAACGUGCCUCUAUCAUUGUUCUCACUUCACAAAUCCAUUAAUUCCCUUUUGGGUAUAUUGUUUAAUCCUCUACAAUCCCAUUUUGGUAUAUUGUACCUUUACAGCUAUUGUAAGCUCAUUUCAGAGGAAGUUCAUAACAGCUUGUUCCGGUUUGCCUAAUAUAUUUUUUGCUUGUACUUAAUAUUUAUUUAGAAUACUUACAGUAUUUACUGUGGAAUGUUUUGGCAAUUCAUUAAUAAUAGUAAUAAUAUAACUUAAGGCUUCAUUAUGGUUAUUAUGUAAUAUAUUAACUGAAAAAUACCCUUUUUAGAUUAUUGAGAAUUUCAUAAUCGCAAAAUGGUCCGUUUUUCAUGUUGACAAUAGAUAUAUCAUUCACUUUAACUUGUUCUGCAAAAUAAGAUAAUACAAUUUUGUUUCUCAGGCCUAUCUCUACCUGAUCACACUUAAAGUACAUGCUAAACUACUGCAAAAUGUAAAUUUGGAAGUGCAGUGCUAUAGAAUGUCUUAUUACUUGAAGGACACUUGAAGAUUAAGUAUGGUAGUUACUGCCACUGAAAACAGACUCUUUUCCUCUUGUGUGUUAUUGAUUCUGUGUCAUAAGUUAAAAAAUUCUAAAUCUGAAGUCGAGCCCUGUGACUAAAACAUUAACUUAAUGAGUGAUUAGAAUCUGAGAGUUAUUCAUCAUUACAAUCUACCAUGCAUGUUCUGCCAGACUGUAAAUCUACCAUCUGUUGAUGGUGAACACUAUUAUUAGCAAUCUAUGAAACAUAAUUUUAUUGUUUAAAAAUAUAGCUAAUAUUAUUGCAGUUCCAGAUUUCAAUGUUUUGCAAAAGUCAGAAAUAUUCUAUAGAUACUUUACAUGUUAAAAUUUAUUAUAAAAAAUAUUGAAAAUAAUAAUCUGGGGGCUGUUUUGCACUACGGGUAAUAGGUAAGCUUAUUUUCAAUAUUGUUUAUUUUUUAUAAAUCUAGUGCACUGAGGUAAUUUCAGCAUCUUGAUAAAGACCAUUGUGUGGUCGAAACAUUGAUCUGUUAAUGCAAAUUUGAACACAUUUUUUUCAUUUUUGUCAUCAAACCCAGUGAGUGCUCUCAUCAUUUCUGGGACUGCUUUAUUUGUUUAUGUAUAUAUUUAAUAUUUUGUAAAGAAAAAAAAUAGUGUUAGGAAUAAGAACAAGUAUUCCUAACACUAUAGUCCUGGCAAAACGUUGCACAAAUCAGCAUGCCCACAUAAAGAUACAUUGAAUCAAUGCAUCUCUUUGGGGAGUGUUCAGCAUAUCCAUGUUUAACUUGGACACAAUGAGUGUAGUUGAAGCACACUUUGCUGCACUAGAUUAGGAAGAACCUCUAGUGGCUGUCUGAAUGAUGGACACUAGAGGUGUUCCUAGGCAGAAAUGUAAACAAUGCCUUUUCUCUAAAUGGUAGGGGUACAGUGGGAGAUUGCUGACCUAGGCAGGUGGGAGUAUAUAGCAUCAGUGUUUCCUAGUCCCUAUCCUACUCCUACUGUGUGCAUACCUCCUCUUCCUCCAAACGUGGUGCCCUGUUAGUUGGGAAGGAGUUACCUAAAUUAACUUCCUGCUAGCAGGCUGUGGGGCAACUAACAAAGUGAAAGGGGCACUGUUAUAGUACCUGAUUGAGUUUCACUCGUUGAUAAAUUACAAAUAUUAUUAUUAUUAUGAUAUUUAUAGAGCGCCGUCAAAUUCCGCAGCGCUUUACAAUGGGUGGACGAACAGACAUGUAGUUGUAACCAGACAAGUUGGACACACAGGAACAGAGGGGUUGAGGGCCGUGCUCAAUGAGCUUACAUGCAAGAGGGAGUGGGGUAAAAUGACACAAAAAUGUAAGGAUAGUAUUAGACUGGUGACAGUUGUAGAAGAGGAAUCAGUCAGGAGCUAUUAACAAUUUAAUUGAAACGCUUUUAUGAAGAAGUGGGUUUUUAACGAUUUUUUGAAGGAGUUGAGACUGGGUGAGCAUCUAACGGAGGAGGGAAGCGAGUUCCACAGGAACGGUGCAGCCCUCGAAAAAUCUUGAGGUGGGAGUACGGACAGAAGAUAGACGUAAGUCUUCAGCAGAUCGUAAGGGCCUAGACUGGACAUACUUGUGUAUAAGGGAGGAUAGAUAGGUGGGAGCAGCAUUAUAUAGAGAUUUGAAAGCAAAAACCAGAAUUUUAAAUUGAGCUCUGUAUUUUAUAGGAAGCCAAUGUAGGGACUGACAGAUGGGUGAGGCAUGGGAGGUGCAGGCGGACAGGAAGAUGAGCCUCACCGCCGCAUUCAUUAUGGACUGUAACGGCGCAAGUUGGGAGCAUGUAAGACCACUGAGAAGUGGAUUACAGUAGUCAAGGCGAGAAAGGACAGUGGAAUGGACCAACAACUUAGUCGCAUCUGGCGUUGAGAUGGAAAUGACAGGAUUUGACAAUAGAUUGAACAUGAGGCUUGAAGGAGAGAUCGGAGUCAAAGAGAACACCUAGGCAGCAAGCCUGUGUGGUGGAGCUGAUGGUAGCACCGUAGACUUGGAGGGAGACAUACACAGGAGUAACAACACUUGAGGGAGGAAAGACCAGAAUUUCAGUUUUGGUCAAGUUUAGUUUAAGGAAGUGGGCAACCAUCCAGUUAGAAACAGCAGAGAGGCAGUCAGAGACACUAGUCAAGAGGGACGGGGAGAGAUCAGGAGAGGACAGGUAGAUUUGCGUGUCAUCUGCAUAGAAAUGAUAUUGGAAGCCAAAGGAGCUAAUGAGUUUACCAAGGGAGGCAGUAUAGAUGCAGAACAGUAGGGGACCAAGGACUGAACCUUGGGGGACACCAACAGAGAGGAGUUGGGGAGAAAAAGCAGAGCCAGAGAGAGAAACACUGAAAGAGCGCUGGGAGAGGUAGGAGGAGCACCAGGAGAGAGCAAUAUCUUGUAGACCGAUAUUGCGGAGGAUGAGAAGAAGCUGUUGAUGAUCAACAGUGUCAAAAGCCGCAGCCAGGUCAAGGAGAAUUAGGAUAGAGUAGUGACCAUGAGAUUUUGCAGCAAGUAGAUCAUUGGAUAGUUUGGUCAGUGCCGUUUCCACAGAGUGCUUAGCGCGGAAACCAGACUGAAGCGGGUCUAGCAGAGAGUUGGACUCGAGGAAGUCUGUCAAUCUCGCAUACACAAUUUUUUCAAGGAUCUUGAAUGCAAAAGGCAGUAGCGAGAUAGGACGAUAGUUGGAUGGGGAGUUAGGGUCAGGAUUGGGCUUCUUUAGAAUUGGGGCUACAGAUGCAUGUUUUAAGGGCAAUGGAAAUAUACCAGAGGACAGAGAGAGAUUGAAAAUUUUAGUGAGAGGUGGAGCAAGAGAAGAAGACCGAGUACGGAUGAGAUGCGAGGGAAUUGGAUCUAGGGAGCAGAUAUUUACAAGAGGUAGAAGAACCAGUGGCAACAAACCAUCUGAUUACAGUGUUACCCAAUAAAUAAAAUUUUCACCUGGCAUACUAAGUCAAAUACGUCUGAACAAAGCGUUCGGAAAUCUUAUUAAAAUUGCAAGCCAAGUAGACUUUUAUUCCUUAUUCUGGUGACUUAAUUAAAAUCUUGGUAUUAACCAUAUAAAAUGUUAGAAACCAGAAAAUGUAAGUUGGAACUUUUUAUUUAUUUGUUUCAUAUUUUUACUUGUCUAUCUUAAAUAAAAAAAAAUAUAUAAAUAUUUAGGCAUUUUAUGCUAGACUAAAGGAAAGUCCAGCAUUUUAUCAAGUAUCCAUCUGCUAAUGCACAAUAUUAUGUUUUUUUACAUAUCUGAAAAGAGACAUGCAUCCAUCAAGUUCAACCUUUCUCACAUUUGUUUUUGCUGUUGAUACAAAACCCCAUUCUGAAGCACUUCCAAUUUUGCAAAAAAAUUUGAAAAAUUCCUUCUUGACCCCAGAAUGGCAGUUUAUCUCCUUGGGUCAAGAAGCUAUUAUUAAGUCUUUUAUUAUAAUUAUUUAUAUUAAAAAAAAUAGCAAAAUCACAACUUCUAAUAAAAUGCAACUAAUCAUUUGUAUUCACUAAAUUAGGAAUUGAUUAGGAAAUAACACAUUUUUAAACUAAUCUAGCCCAAUGGGAAAUAAGUGAUAUUGAGAAUUUUGCUUAUUGUAGUACUAAAUGAUCAUUUUUUUUUGUUAAUUUCUCAGAAAUUUCUGUUUUGAUCCAUAAUCCUAAAUUUGUUUUACACUAUAGAAUAUAACCAAUUAAUUUACAAAACUAAUACAAAUCCAAUUAAAACAUGGAUGCUCAACUUUUGGAAGUUGAGAACCAUUUUAAAAAUGUGGUACAUGUCACAGGUCACACAAUUUUAUAUACAAUACAAUAGCAUUGAAAGAAGGGAAAGAUUCUGUUCACAAGAACAAUGAUACUGCCUAUUUUAUUUUUUACUGUCAAUGUUAAGUGUCAUUUUUGUGGUAGCUGUGGGGCAGUGCCCCAAAUGAUGAUCAAUAAUCUUUCUCCUCAAGUUCCACUCUUGUCACAUGCAUUCUUAAAUUGACAAAUGUUAUCUUUUCUAGAUACUCUUGGUAAAAUUACUCAGGUAUGAGUCACACUGAAGGUCAAUGAUUUUCAUUCAAAGGUCCCCUGCAAACUCCAUCACAUUCACAGAGAAGGGCUUAGUUAAGCACGGUACAAUAGUUUCUCUGUAAAAUACUUUUUUGUGUACUCAUUGAGAAGCUGAGCUUUUAAUUAUAAUUUUGCAAAGACCCCUAAUGGUGACCUUGCCUCUUGCGGAAAAUGUGUGCUUCUUAAAGAUUUUAUCUUUAUGAAAUACUUAUUUUUUGGGGGGAUAGAGGUGUGAUAAAGCCACUUUGGAAAAAAUAAAAAUAAAAAAAAAAUGCUCUAAAUCUAUGCAAAAAUACUUCAGAUAAUCUGGAAUAAGUAUAAAACCUAAUGGCUAGUAACUGUAAUUUAAUAUUUAUUUUAAAAUCAAGCUUCAAGUGCAAGAUUUCACACUUAAUCUCUUUCCCUCAUGCUUUUAAUCUCUAAUUAAUAGACCAUGUCAGUCUCUCCUUCUUUAGCCUUGAAUGAUGAUCAGAUGAUCUAAUUCAGCUAUGUUCACCAACCUUUGUAUAAAUAAAUACGUUUACCGAGAUUGUUUCCUUCAGAUUUUACCAAUUUUUGACAGAAUCUGUAUGGAUCUAUGUCAAUUUGUAAACACAUACCACACUGUUAUAUAUAUAUUACUGCAUUUUGUAUACCAAGGAAAUAGGCACACUAUCAGUAAUAGAGUUAUCCUGACACGCAAUCCUGAAGGAAACAGUAAAGUUACACUUACCAGUCCUUAGAAUGGCCGGGUUAGUACCUGACAUUGAUAUAUAAAAGGUCUGCAAGCAGACAGAGAGCAAACAAGAGACAGGCUGAGGUCAGGAUAACAGAAAUACAUAGAAUUGAUAGCCUGGCCAAGAUCAGGAUAAUAAGAACAAGAAUAGUUACACAAGCCGAGGUCCGAAAACAGGAAAUCCAAUACACAGUAUAAACACACUCUCUGAUAACAAGAACCAUGACAGGUCAAAGAAACAAGAACAUCCACAGGCAAUAUAUAUACCCUGUACUGCGUUGUGAUUGGUCACAGAAGACCAUGAUGUCACAAGUAUGUUCACAUUAUCAAAAAGCGACUCAUGGGCUGACACUAAAAAUGGAGACUAAUGAUAAGGGACCAAGGGACAGGUAUAGUGACACAUACAUAUAAGAUUUUGAAAAAUAAUUAGGUUCCACAUUUAGUUCCUACGUACCAUGAAUGUACGUAGGAAAAUACCUAAAUGUAUAAGAUGUAGAGAUGUGCACAGGUGCAAAAAAUACAAAUUUCCUUUGGUUUAAAUGAUUCAUUUUCAGAUAUGGGGUUGUCUGAAAAUAGGGAAAAUUUUGUUUCAGAAAAACAGUAAUUCAGAAAUUUAGGCACCUAUUAAGCUUUAUAGGGGACAAUUGACGAUUGCAGGAUGGCAGUCAAGAAGUUAAAGUUGAUAUAAAUAGUAUGAAGUGGAGCACUUAACAAUUGGUAUACAAGCAGAUAUAUUUAUACACAAAAAUAUACAAUGAUAUAGAAUGUGUAGCUAAUGUGCAGUGGAGCAAAAAAUAUUGUGCUAUACACCAGUACAUAUAAAUCCAGAUGCACAUUGGUAUACUUGUACAUCAAGGAUGAUAUUUUAUAACAAGUAAGAUGAUAGAGCACAUAUAGUAAGGGUAUGUCACAACAGCAGCAAUAGGUAGAAUGUAACCGGUUAAUAAAAAUAUAAAAGCAACAUAGCACAGACUGUAUUAAGUGGUAUCCAUGCAGGUAAUGCAAAGGACCCUCACAUAUUCAAGAGCCCUUCAGGUCAGCUCUGAACUCAGUAGAUAUAGUACCCCACUCAGAUUGGUGUUUUGUAGACGGUCCCAGCAUGGUAAAUCUCCAAAAUUGAAGUUCAGGAACCAAUUGGAGGUAAAUAUAAUACUUUAUUACAUAAAUAAAAACAUGACAAACUAGGGGAUAAAAAGGGGGCACAACACAUUUUGACCGCUGUCGGCCUUCCUCAGGUGCAGAUGCAUUGUGCCCCCUAUUUUAUCCCCUAGUUUGUCAUGUUUUUAUUUGUCUACUGAGUUCAAAGCCGACCUGAAGUGCUCUGGAUUAUGUGAGUGUCCUUUGUAUUAUCUGCACGGAUCUCACUUUAUACAGUCUGCGCUAUGUCACUUUUAUGUUUUUGCUAACAGGUUACAUUCUACCUAUUGCUGUUUUUGUGACAUACCCUUACCAUUUGUGCGCUAUCACCUUACCUUUUAUAACAAUUUUAUGUAUGUAUACAUGUUUUUAUGGCAUAACACCUGGGUGAAUUUUUGCUGCAAUGGUUUUUGGUAUUAUUGUGGCACCAGUUAUCUUUAAACUUUUUCCUUUAUUUGAUAUUUGAUAAUAUUGACUCAAUCCGAUAUCAUAAAGGAGUAUACAUUUAAAAGAAAAUGGAAAAAAAAACAUAAAAGUGCAAUUCUGCCAGAGAUAUAAUAAAUAAAAUGUUUAAAACUCUCACUCAUGUCAUGCUGAGCUUACUAUACAGCAUACAUGCAGGCACCAGGAUUCUAAAUAAUAUUAAGCAAUCAUGAUAAUCCAUAUACAAAUGUUAUUGAACACACAAAUGUAAAAAGAAAAGAAAUACAAGCCUCUUGACUGACUCCUGUGAUGAGUAUACUGCAACCAAUAGGUUGUCACUCAUAAGUAUUUAAGUCACAAGUGAGUCCUCAAAGGCUUUUUGUGGGAUUGUCCAGUGCCUGCUGUCACUAUAUUCUGCCUACGUAUUUCACCUUCCUGCAUGAAAAAGAUCUCAGUUGAGAUAAUACUGUUGCAUGUUUGUCCUGAUUUUCAAAUAAAACUGCUGCAUAAUUAAUCCUGAUUCCUGAGUUCCUGGAUUACAUUUAUUGUUUAACCUCUGGAGUGGGGUUAGCCAGCCCCAGAUCUGAAUGCUUCAGAUACGAGUGUGAAUUCCUCCUUUUGUUUGUUCAUUUCACCUUCCGGAUUAGUUAGGGCAUAUUAUCUCUGCCUUGUAAAAUUCAGACUGUUGGAGCUAAAAACCAACUGUUUCAGUCUUUGAUCACUUUUAUUUAUUCAUAAAAUGACAUCUACGUAGGCAUUCAUAAUACAAGUAGCAAAUUGUAAUACAUACUUAAAUACAGAAAAACAUAAUGAAAAAUCAUUAUAAACUCUCAGAAUUAAAAGCCAAAAGUAGAGAAAUAAGGUAGCAAUCACAGCAACAACACAGGCAGCCAGUGGGGAGAAACAUCACUUUUAAAGAGAUAAGGGAAAAACUAAACUAAACAAAACAAAAAAAUAAUAAUAAUCUAAUUUUUUUUUUGAAAUAGACAUAACAGUGAAAGGGGAGUUUUAGUAGACAGUUGAUGACCACUCACCUGUCUGAGUUCCUGGGUAAAGCAUCAGUCCACUAGCUCUCCUGAGCCACACUCUGCAGUGCAGGGCUGUCUCUUUGGCUGAGAGCAUCAGAUGAUCACUCUCGGCCAAUCCACUAACCCCUGUACCACCAAAUAUAGCUUAGAACUUUCCAUAUCAACAAGCAAAAUUAAAUAUAAAACAUUGACUCUUGACAUGAAAUAAGUAGAAUGUGGAGACGGAGCCAGACCGCUAUGCUGAACAGUCACACAACAGAGUAGCUCCUGCAACCUUCUUUAUUUCUAGCUCCAAAACAUCGACUUAAUACUUACCUGAUGACUGACAGCUGUGACCCAGUGCAAGCAGACACCCUGGUCCUGAGGAGAGGCUUGCUGUAAAGUUCUAGUCCCUUGGAGAAGUGCUCUCUGACAUCCAAGACUGGAUUCCCUUGGACGGUUAGUGGGGUGCACGGUGGCUGCCCUGCUAUCCUGCCUACUAGCGGCAUGCCAGCAGCACAAGGCUUAGUGGUCCUGGCCCUGUUCCCCCCCCCUCUGGACUGGUGGGGGUGAUCCCGGUCCCCACCCUGUGGCCCCUAUGCGUGCAAAGCCACCAGCACUCCGAGCUGCCACAGGGCCGACCCAGGGCUCAGAGGCCACAUCCAAAAUGGCGGGGACCGCGUGUCAAGCCACCUAUACAAGAGGGAAGACUGAUGCUCCCCCCUCACUUGGCUCCAAAAUGGCUCAACAGGAAUCGGCGAAUAUCACCUAGGACCCCACAUGGAAUACAGGGCCCGGUCCUGGGAUGAGACAAGUUAUGGCAGAGAAGCCAGAGGCACACCACAUCAACAUAAGCAGCAUCACAAGUGACCAGCGGAGGCCUGCGCCUGCAAUUUAUUAACCAAGCAUUAACCAAAUAGGCCUACAGAAUGAAACACCGCUCCAGCGUCCUAGCCUUACCUGCCAUACCUCCCAAACCACCGUGUGGGAGCCAACAAGCAUAGACCGACUGCCUGCAGUUGCAAUAUUGCACCCGAAGAUCGGCAAGGCUAUUGGGUUCUGUAUCCUGCCCGUGGCAGACAUUUGACCGACACGCAAGGCAAACACAUGGGGACUACCACUCUGACACUCAUAUGAAUUACUGCAAUUACAGCAGUUUCCAGGCUUUUGCUGCCGCGACUGAGGCUAAGUUGCACAUGGGCGCCUACACCCAAACGGGACUGUGAAAUGCCUCUGGAGGGUAUUGGCUGACUGGGACACUCGAAACUGCUGCUGAGUCAAUCGUCCCAUGCCUCAUACUGCCUCUGUACGUAACUGAUGAUGACCCAUUGUUUUUGCUUGUGAUUUUGUGUUACUCUUUCACUUUUAUAUUAUUUUUAUAUCUGCCACUUAGAUCACUUCUCCUUGUUAGCAAUGAGGACAUACCUCACAUCAGGCACCAGCACUGGGGUCCCCCCAGGCGAUAAACUCCCUACCCCUCAAUUCUGCUACCCAGCUGUCUGCUACAGCUAGUUUUUCUGUAUUACCCUUCUUAGACCAUACAAGGGAUCACAGGGGGGUAUCACUCUAAGUUAAUCGACUACAUACUAAUUGUACCUAUACAUAGUCUAGCUCACAUUCAGGCAAGUUUAACAUUUUUAUUUUUAUUCUUAUUCAGCACUAGUCUAGAUAGUUAAACCUCAAGUCAGAAUAUGUGAUAUGGUCAGUGUAGACCUGUAUCCCAUGGUGACCUACAGUAUAAGGCAGUCAGGCACUCAGUGGAGGGCAUAGGUUGAGCAAUGCAAAAAUCAUAGGUGGCACACCACAGAAAGAGUUAAAGAUUUAAUUGUCUUUGUACGGUGCAUUUACCUAACCAGGGAUAUAAACUUAGUUGCUUUACAGCAAAACAUCAGUUAAACUUCACACAUUUCUAAAAACCAAGUCAGUUACUAAGCUUAGUUAAGCAUCUUUAGUACAAGUCCUGACUCACUUUACACUAUUGUUUACUCAUCCUUAUAUUAAAAACAAAGUGCAACAUUAUUCAUGUCAAACGAAUGUUCUUCUAUGUAUAUUGAAAAGCUGGCAACAGCUGUUGUAGCAUUGUGAGCUAAUAUGUGAUGUAUUAUCUAUGCACGAAAAAUAAAGAAUAAAAAAAAAGGAUUACAGAAAGGCUAGUGAAGAAAAUAAAACUGGUAUGACAGAAUCAAAGUGUAGUAAGAGAACUGAAACAUGUGUGAAAUGUUUGCAGUUGUUCUAAAUGUGAAAUAGAUCAAUAGAAAACUAACAGGUAAGCACAUAUAGUUAACAAGUAGAAACAAGACCAGUAAAGAUGCAUCAAUAAAGCUUUCAUUAUGUCUUUUUGUUGUUGUUUUGCAAAUGUUAACACUGUAAUUAAAAACACACCAUUUCUAAAAAGAUUAAAAAUUAAUAAAAAAGCAGACUGUGUGAAUCAAGAAUUAUCUAUCAAAAUGUAUCUAAUAUCAAUGUAUAAUUAAAACUAUUAACAUUAUGAUUGCAUCAAGUUUUUGAUUAUUCUCAAAUUAUUUAUCUAAACAAAUUUUAGUCUUGUAUCUCCAAAGAUCUUGUUUCGGGCAAACUCAAAUUCAGCAAAAUUGGGGCAUAUCGGGGGAAUGGACAAAAUUUUGAUUUCCAAGCAGCCAAGUGCCAGUAUCUUGGGGGGAAUUUACUUACACCUGUCCGAACAUAUUCGGUUCUUCAUUUUCAGUGCUGUUCCUGGAAUCAAAAAGAGGAAGAAUGGAAUAAAAAAGGUGUUGUCUUAGGGAAGAGCCACUAAAUGUUUAUUUUACUCAUAGAUCAAUUGACAACUGACCAAUAGAAGGGAAAAAGGAGGAGCAAUAACUGUGGGUGACAGACCAGCAUUGAUAUGGUGUGCUUUACCCUUGCUGUGCCUGUGGUUGAGAUAAGAUGGAUUAUUGAUUCUAGAGUGAGACUUUCUUAGCUUGUUUCGAUAGCUAGCACUGCCAGGGACACUUGAAAUAAUUAUUUGUUGGGGACUGUUGUCAGUUUGUCAUAAAGUGAGAAUAUAUUUAAAUUAUUUAUCUUUUCUUGUGCAUAGAUAGUAUAAACAGGCUGGCAAUGCCAGAACAGCUUUUGCUAGCUUUCCAGAAAACAUAAGGAGACAAUUGCAUGGUGAAACAAUGGUGUGACAUAUGAAAUUUGCACAAUGUUUUGGAUACAUAGAGAACUCGAGUUAGGCCAUUUCAUUUGUGGAUACAUUCCCUAUUAUGAACCUGAAAUUAAGCCACUUUUUUCAUUUAUGCAAGAAAGCAAAAUAUUACAACCAUCGUAAAACUAAGUUCUCUCACUUUUUUUAAUAUCGAAAUAUAAUUGUUAGUUUGGCCAUUCAGAAUUGGCAAUAUCAGCUAAUAUUAGAUAGCCAUUACGGAAUGCCAUAUUAUAGCUGUUUUUCCAUGUCACCACACUUCUAUUUUUUCUAAAUAUUUUUCCUUCAUAAAUUGCGUUCCUGAAAUGUUCUGCGGUAUUGAGACUGGACUAAGCCAAACAGGAGCAUGAGAUAAAUUCUUUCAACCCUAAAAAAAAAAAACAGAAAAAAACUUUUGCACAAGUUGUUCAAAUCACUGAAAUUUGUAGCCUGACACAAAGCUUGACAAAGACCUCUUGGUCGAAAUAUUGCUGCUCUUUCACUUCUUCUGAUCCAAUAAAUCUGCCUGCGACUUGAACACCUUAAGUGCCUGGAGAUUUUUUAAAAAAAAUUUUUUAUCUGCCUAACAAUUUUUCUGUGACCAAGCAUAAUAGACUUUAAGAAAUUAACCCAAAUUUAAAAAAUAUAAACCUAUCAAAGAGUAAUAACCAUUUAAUAACUGCAUAUGCAACAAAGGUAAACAUGACUAUUGAAGUCAUCUUUAUCAUCUUUUAUAUAACAUUUUCUUCAGUGUUGUACAUUCAUUAACAUAUAAAAUUGCAUUUCAAUGAUAAUGAUGUUUAUAGCACAAUCUUCUAUACAGAGUGUUCAAAAAUGCCAUUGAACUUGAAUGCAAAAAUGGUUGUGCUUAUUAUGCGUGAAAUACCAUAUUGAACAAUGGCAUACAGGUAAACACAUUUUUUAGUUUUUUUCAGUUUUUAUUUUAAUGUUAAACUACAUAACAAUAUUGUUUUGGAUGCUAAGAUGUAUUUAUUGUGAAUAACUUACUUAGAGUCUUGAUCACUUGAGAUUUUCAUUUCUUCUAGAUCUUCAGGAAUUGCUAAUUGAAGACUCCAUUCUCUUGAGUUAUUGAUAAAAUAACACCUGUGAUUACACUGCAGGCUAAAACACAAUACUUGACUUAGCAAGUGGUUUUCACUCUAAUAAAGGCCAUUGAAAAACAACAUAGAAACAGAAUAUGUUUGUGCUGGAUACAACUCAUGCUAUUUUAAGGUUAAACACUACUUUAAGAUAUGCAGAAUAAAUAAUGGUUCAGGCACUCCGGGAUAACAAAAAAUAUCAGCUUUAUUGGAGCAAAUUCAGCAAAGUUUUGACCCUAUAGGGUCUUUAUCAAGCUUGAUAAAGACCCUGUAGGGUAGAAACAUUGCUGUUUUUGCACCAAUAAAGCUGCUUGUUAUCCCAGAGUGUCUGAACUGUUAUUUAUUCUGCAUAUCUUGGAAGGGAGGCCUGGCCAGCCUUGGUUUCAAAGCACCUGGGUUACUUGGUGAGUGUGGUAUCCAGUAUGUCCCCAAACAUUACUUGAAGGGCAUGCUGUGCAGCAUACACACUAUAGCUAACUGUAGUUCUAUGAUUUUUAUUUAUAAGUUAAUAAGAUGUGUGUUUUAUAUUCUGUCACUGAACACCUUUGCUAGAUUUCAAUGGGAAUUCAUCCCCUACUCCAUACAUUUGUAGUUCAUCCCCUUUAGUGUUAUUGUUAUCUCUUUUCUUGUAAACACCCAGUACCAUACUGCGCAUGCAUGCAAGAAAUUCAAUGUCUCCUCUGGCUUAUUUUUGUUAAAACACUACGGGGAUCUAUGUUGAUGAUUUGGAAACAAACAUUUAAAAUACAUAAUUACAAAAUCUGUUCUUGGUAUAUGUCAUUUAUGACCCUGUAGGAUUCAGAUAUCUUUAAAUGUUCUAGCACAACUUAUUAAAAUGUAGGAAAUGAAUACAUGUUUAUUUUACCUUGAUUUUAGCUCUACUUCUCACAUAUAUGUCUGCACCAUUUCAAUGUUUAUUAUUUUGACAAUGGUCCCUGCUGAAGACCAAAACAUUGAUCUGAUGAUUUGAGUUUGUGAAUUGAAAAAAAGUCCCAUGCAUGAUCUUCAACUGAGGACUAUAAAUAUCAACAUGUGCUGUCUAACUUUCUUUUUUGAUAUUUCAACAACUGAUGCCACCAGUUACUUUAUUUCUCAAGGAAUCCACUGCACUGAGAUAAUUAAAUACUAUUGUAAUUGUAGAUAUUAGUUGCAACUUAUUUAUUUUGUAUAAGAAUAAACAAUCAAGAGUCAAACGUAGCUAUUAUUUGAACAUUUCAAGAAACUUGUAUCCAUUGGCUGUAUAUGUAUUGACUGUUUAGUUAAACGUUACGUGUACAAGUUGGAUAUUACGUGAAAUUUUAUGCAGAGUGUAAGAACCAAUUUUCCAUCUUCUCCUUUAAUCCUCUUUUCUAUUAUCCAACAUCUCUUGCCCUGCAAGACCUCUAAUUUCACCCCGAUUGAUAACAUUUGUUAACAUGACUCUAGUGAGGGCAGUCCAGUCAUUUUUGUGAUCAGCUAUUUAACACACAGUAAAGGGAAUUAAUUUAGCUGUGAAAUGUGUGUUGUAAAGUCCAGGCACAACACAUAAUUCAUUCCUCCCUCUGUAUCUAUAACGUAUUACUUACAAAUAAGAUGUGAUUUACAUCUGAGUCACCUAGUCCUUGUAGGAAUACAAUCUUUUUAGGUUGGCAAAAUGUUAUAAGAGUUAUUUAGACAGAUAAAGGUAUGUUGUUUACCUCUGAAAAACAUAGAAUAAUAAUUUACAUUUAAUCAGUCAUUUUAAUUUGGUAAUCUUUUUUCAAAUAACCUGCACGUUAAAGAAACACUAUAGUCACCUAAAUUACUUUAGCAAAAUAAAGCAGUUUUAGUGUAUAGAUCAUUCCCCUGCAAUUUCACUGCUCAAGUCACUGUCAUUUAGGAGUUAAAUCACUUUGUUUCUGUUUAUGCAGCCCUAGCCACACCUCCCCUGGCUAUGAUUGACAGAGCCUGCAUGAAAAAAAACUGGUUUCACUUUCAAACAGAUGUAAUUUACCUUAUAUAAUUGUAUCUCAAUCUCUAAAUUGAACUUUAAUCACAUACAGGAGGCUCUUGCAGGGUCUAGCAAGCUAUUAACAUAACAGGGGAUAAGAAAAUUUAAUUAAACAGAACUUGCAAUAAAGAAAGCCUAAAUAGGGCUCUCUUUACAGGAAGUGUUUAUGGAAGGCUGUGCAAGUCACAUGCAGGGAGGUGUGACUAGGGUUCAUAAACAAAGGGAUUUAACUCCUAAAUGGCAGAGGAUUGAGCAGUGAGGCUGCAGGGGCAUGUUCUAUACACCAAAACUGCUUCAUUAAGCUAAAGUUGUUCAGGUGACUAUAGUGUCCCUUUAACCUAAUUCGACCUCUAGUCUUAUUAAGAUUGAAUACUUUAGGAUAUUUUUAAAUAUGAUUUUUUGGAAUGAUUAUGACUGAGUCAACUGAGAUAAUGUGAAAAAUAUUAAGGAGCCUUAAAUGACCUUUAGCAGACUUUUAACAAUACAGUUAAAGUUUAUUAUUCAAAAGAAAAGCAAAUAAUUGCUUUUAAUACUUAUACAAAAUAAUACAUUUGUACUUGCCUGAUGUUCUUAUUCGACUAAUGAUCUUUCCAACCAUAACUAGAAUUUAGCAUAAUGAAUGCAAGGAAUGUGGUCUUUUUUUUUUUUGUUGUUUAAAAAAAAAUACUUCUCUUUUCUUGCAGCCACCAUUGUCCAUUAAGUCUAUCGUUGUCCAAGUUCAGUGCAUAAAUAAAAAUGUUGGUAGUAUCAUUAACCAUGAAGUGCGCAUAGUAGUAAGAGACAAAAAUGACAAUCCACCCCGUUUCCAGAACCAAAGCUACUACACUGCUGUAAAUGAG